ACUUUUCCAUCUGACAUUCUCUCUCUCUCUCUCUCUCUCUCUCUCCCUCUCUCUCUCUCUCUCUCUCUCUCUCUCUCUCUCUCUCUCUCUCUCUCUCUCUCUCUCUCUCUCCCUUGCACUCUCUUCCCACUCACCCACCCCCCUUUUCUCUUGCUUAAACAGCAGCCCUAACUUUUGUGUGUUGCAAAUAUAAAAGGCAAACCAUGUGAUAGAGGGGCAGAAGAACAAAAGCAUUUGGAAGUAACAAGACCUCAUUUUAGCCCUCGGUCUGGGGAGUCCAAUAGAAGGGAAGGCACAGUGCAUUUUGCAAAAGGUAAACAGUUGGGCUCUAAAAGGACAACUUGGAGAAACUGUACAGCCAGAAUGAUUGUGUAAUCUUCAUUGUCCCAAAUAGAAAUGAUGGAAGAGGACAUUCACUAUUUUUGUAGGUUGAACUAUGAAGGAGAUGUUUUGAUGGAUUAUAACCUCAGCCAAUGUCUAACCCCAAACCGGCAAUGACAACCUGGAGACUUAAAACAGACCCUCUGCUUUCUUGGCAAAAGACUGGGCCUCAGUCUUUAGAGGGCUUCUGAUACUCUAUCUCCCUCUACUGGUACUCCUAAGACAUUCACUAAGGAUGGGAAAUCAUGUCAUUGCGGCUUCAAUUUCCAUGCUGUCCCUUCUGGUAAUAACAGGAGAUACAGGCAGUAAAAAGGAUAGUACCUUUAUGAUUGAUACGGACCCAGGGCGAUGUAUGAGGCAUCACUAUGUUGAUUCUAUCAGCCAUCCUUUAUACAAAUGCAGCUCAAAGAUGGUGCUGCUGGCUCGCUGUGAGGGACAGUGCACUCAGAUAUCACGCUCAGAGCCAAUGGUGUCCUUCAGCACAGUUCUGAAACAGCCUUUCCGAUCCACAUGUCAUUGCUGCCGGCCACAGACUUCUAAACUGAAGGCUAUGCGUUUGCGCUGUUCUGGUGGAAUGAGACUUACUGCCACCUACCGCUACAUCCUCUCGUGUCACUGUGAGGAAUGCAACUCUUAGGGGAAAAUCUGCUGUAGCAAAAAACCAAAACCAAAACAAAACAAAAAACCAGGAAGUAGAAAUGCUCUUCAGCAGAACUUCCAGAAGCAGAAACAACUAGGGAUAACCUUCUGAUGGUUUGCUGUUGCUACAACCAGGAAUAUUAGAAUGGAUUUCAUUGGUGAGAAGGAGCCACAUGGAUACAUGGGGGUUGUACCAAACAAUACAACAGACACCAGAAUGUAUAAUUGCACAUCGUUGCUGAAGAUGUAAUCAUUUGUGAUGGUGAGGAAUGGGAACAUACAUUGUUAGAAAUCUCUCAUUCAGGUUCUUCGGGUCAUUUUUCUAUGUCAGUGAUCCUUUAAUAUUGAAUAAGGUCAACUUAAGAAUUAUGGCUCUUGGUUUGAAUGUUCAGCCAGCAACACAAAAGGACCAGGGACAUAGAAAAUGCAUACAGUGGAAGCUAUUAUGUGGGAAAACAAUUUAUUCUACAAGAAAACAAAGACUCCUUCCCUGUACACAGAAGCCUAUUGUAUCUUUUAAACAUGUCCUUUAGUUUAUAGUGGCCAUGAAAACAGACUGCAUUGAAUAGUAAAAGAUAUAUUUUAUAUGGUCUGGCAGCAGUUAGACAAGUUAUUGUGAUUUAGGUGCAAUUACAAAAUAAAUAAUAGAAAAUUUAUGGAACUAUCAGUGUGGAUUCUCCAGUAUAUUUACAAAGUAUAUUUACAGUCAAAAGUUGAAAUCUGGAAAACAAGCUCCUCCUCCUCCUCUUUCUCUUUCUGCUUCCCCUUCCCCUUCUCCUCCUCCUUUUCUUUCCCCUUCCCCUUCCUUUUCCUCUUCCCCCUCCUCUGUCGAGUGUCAAGUAAUCCCCCAAAAAGAAAAUGUUACACAUUCUUGGUCAGUAUUAUAAUAUUAAUCUAAAUCUACCAAAAUAAUAAUACUUGGUUUUGCUUUCAUUUAUAUGUAAAAACAAAUUUAAAUAAAGAUUUAUCUUAAAUGUA